GCCGGGGUGUCCUGUUUGUCGCUAGCGGCUCGGCAUUCGUUUGUGACGAACACAUGUUUGAGAAGAAGACGGCUAAGACAUCAUGUGUGAAAAUAGACACCGAUGAUUCAGUGUUCGCCAUGCCGAGCGUGUCGUACGUGCUCGGAUACGAGAUCGCAACCGACGGCGUAUCGGUGUACCUGUACGGCAUGGCGCAUGACGGAAUCACAUACUUGAUCAGUCGCAACGAAGGCCUCAAGUGGUUAUCAACCAACACAGCCCGCUACACGACCGCCACGGGCCAGUCGAGCUGGAAGUCGACCCAGAACGUGCCCUUCGUCGCUGACACCGACGCCGCCUACGGCACCGUCAAUACCUACUUCAGUGACACCACCUGGACAGUGACGUACGAUGGCGUGUCGCAUGCUGGGACACUUGUCUACAGAUGGGGAGAUUUCCUCUAGUCAGUGCGCGUGUGCACUAUGCCUACCAUUACUGGUCUCACCAGGGCAGCACACCUACGAUCACCACGUUAAUUUAAUGAAAGACUACAUUACUUUUUAGCACAUGUAUUGUUCAGAUGGUGAUAGAAGCAUGGUAUAAUUUCUUUUUCGAUUACUAAAACACAAAAUGACUGCCAUGUUGUAUAUAUGCAAAUUAGGUAGUCCUCUAAUCACAUUAAAUGUUAUCGUAAUAAUUUCUUCAUGCGUUUAAAAAUGUUAAUUAGAAGUAGAUAUAUGC